UUUAUAACGACGACUCUUAGGUACUUCCAAUGCAGAUAUUUACUCAGUCAAUGUUUGCUAAUAUAUACCUCCAAAGCUUUUUAACAUUUAUUCGAUACAAAUAUAAGAUUCGAUAUGUUCAUUAAAUUCGUUUUGAAUUUAGACAAUGAACUGCAUAAAUUUGCCACUGUAUAAGAUAAACAAUUAUUCGUUGCCGACGCCAUUUUGUGCACUCAUUAAUUGAAUAUUUUAUAGAUGGAACUUGGAAAAAAAAGGUAUAAGGGUGGUCGGACACCUAUUAGGUCCAGUGAUCGGCGACGUCCUCAAAGUGUUUCAUCUUUAUCUGCAUUAUCGCCAAGAGUUGUUUUAUCUAGAUUGGAACCCAGGGAUUUUGAACGUCUUCGACUAUCUUACAAAGUUGCAAUUGACCAAAGAAGAUCUAGAAGCUGCCGUGGCAUGAACAUGGGUCAAAAAAUUAGUGGUGGAGUCAAAACAGUUAGUCGUAAUGAUUCACAAUCUACCUUCAAACCAAUAAUACCAAGAGAGUUACAAGCUGAUUUUGUCAAACCAGCUCGCAUAGAUAUUUUGCUUGAUAUGCCGCCAGUUUCUAGAGAACUACAACUAAAACAUUCAUGGAAUUCUGAAGAUAGGUCAUUGAACAUUUUUGUAAAAGAUGACGACAAAUUAACGUUUCACAGACACCCAGUCGCGCAAAGUACAGAUUGUAUCCGCGGCAAAGUCGGUCUCACAAAGGGAUUGCAUAUUUGGGAAAUUUAUUGGCCAACAAGACAGAGAGGAACCCAUGCUGUUGUUGGUGUAUCUACAGCUGACGCGCCUUUACAUUCAGUCGGAUAUCAAAGCUUGGUGGGGUCGACUGAACAUAGUUGGGGAUGGGACCUUGGCAGAAAUAAGUUGUACCAUGACUCCAAAAGCUGUGCGGGUGUCACAUAUCCAGCUAUUUUAAAAAACGACGAAGCUUUUUUAGUUCCAGAUAAGUUCUUAGUAGCUUUAGAUAUGGACGAAGGAACACUCAGCUUCAUCGUUGACCAGCAAUAUCUAGGUAUUGCAUUUAGGGGACUCAGAGGAAAAAAAUUAUAUCCAGUUGUAUCAGCUGUCUGGGGUCACUGUGAAAUAACAAUGCGUUACAUCGGUGGAUUAGAUCCCGAACCUUUGCCACUAAUGGAUCUGUGCCGAAGAACAAUACGACAAAAAUUGGUCGUGCGAACUUGGAGGAACGUAUACAACAACUUCAGCUUCCACAAUCGAUGAAAACCUAUUUGUUGUAUAAAAAUCGAAGAUAAUACUUUUAUUAGGAAGAAUAUACCAUUUUUAUUUUUACUGUAUGUGAUGAAAGCAGUAAAAACUAAAUGUGUUAGCAUAUAAUAGUCUUAGAUCAAUGUUAGUUCGAUAUCCCUCACUAACGUAAAAAUCAUAAAAUUAGUUACAAAUGGAAUAUUGUGUAUUAAGAUGCAAGAAAAAACAAAAAAAAAACAGUAUAUAUUAUAUGGCAUCUCAUUUUGCAUUAAAUUAAUUCGAGAAUUGUUUUUCCUCAAACAAUACGAUACGAAAAAACACUCACCUCGUGGUUUAUAUAAUAAAACCACAUUUGUAAAAUAAAUUGUGAACUUACUGCUAAAACGACAGUUGUUUUAGUUAACAUACACGUAUAUUUGGUAUUGAUAAGCUUUAUCAUUAAAAUGCUCGAAAAUAUGUGAUU